AUGUGCGACCUACGCCACCCAGUGCAAGCGUCACGUCAAGAUAUUCAGGCGAAGGACAGUGCGGCGUCACAAAAUGUAGACAACACCUCGAAAGGCGGCCCGAGGAAACCGCGUCAAAUGCGACCUAAUUAUAAUGAAAUUCACGCCAAGCCACUUCCGCUUGACGUCUACCCGUUGCCAACGUUCAUCCCACAUAAUCCGAUUUCUAUUGUGAGGAUCGCCGUCAACCUGUUGUCACACUCGUUAUGGUCACCAAACUCACACAAAGUCAUCCACAAAGCGUACUUCUCGCCAGAAACCCAAUCCAUCCAUAUUACAGAUCCUCAGUCGAUACGAGCGUUGUGGGAACAGGGCUUCUGGGGCAAAGGAUCACUCAGCAGAAGUGAACCGCAGUGGCUGAUCGCUGAGAAGCGUAGGCGAGGCAUCGAGGCGUCGAAAACGAGCGCAGAAGUCACGCUAUCACGGCGAGAAGUUCGCAACCAGUUCAAGCUGGAGCGGGCCAGGGCUCAGCGGGAGGAGAUUGAGCAGCAGUUGCGACAAGAGGGGAAGCUUGCUCCAGAUGAGACCAUUGGCAAACUGGUAGAGGACGGUCAGCUUUCUGAGUCUGAUGAAGAAACUCCUUCCUCUCGCGAGGCUGGGAACAUCGACACUACGAAGGGCGAUGUUACCGUAUCCGAAGUCAACGGAACCACCGCAAACGAGACGCCAUCGCAAGGAGCGAAGUUGGGCCUGGAAGCCGAAAUCGAAGAUAUGGAGCACCUCCAGCUCACCCUCGAAGAAGCCUUCUUCCUCACAUACGUUCUAGGGGUUCUCGAAGUCGUCAACGGAACGAAGGGCAGCUAUCCGCUCCCCGCCUGGUUUCUCGUACGUCUGUACUCCGCGCACUCGACAUUCUCCGAAUCCCCCUCACAACUCGCCCAACAAAUGGGACUCAGUCUCCACUCCGCCCACCAACCGCAACAUCUCCUACACCAACUAGACCCCGCCGUUUCGUACAUUCCAUCUAUCGCCCCAGAUAACGACUUCCUUCUCAGAUACGUCGUCUUCCAUCACUUCCGCUCCCUGGGCUGGGUUGUACGCCCUGGCAUCAAGUUCGGAAUCGACUAUCUAAUUUACAUCCGCGGGCCGGCUUUUCAUCACGCCGAGUUUGCCAUUACGAUUGUACCUUCCUACUCGCAUCCGUACUGGUCGGAGACUCCAGAACGUCUUGCAGAAAAGAAGAAGAACGACUGGUGGUGGUUCCACCGCGUGCAUCGUGUACAGACACAGGCUCUCAAAACGCUGGUGCUGGUCUACGUUGAAGUGCCUCCCCCAUGGGAUAAGGAGAGCAUGGGUGGUGGGUUCAAAGUCGAUAUCGGGACCGUCCUCAAGAGGUAUACGCUUAGGGAGUUUGUGUUCAAGAGGUGGAGUCCGAGUCGGAAUAGGGAUUGA